GUGCGCUCGUGCACUGGACAACUGCAAAACUUUGCGUUGAGACACUUUAGUCUCAUGUGCUUCCGUCCUCAAAAACUCACCCUUCGUUUCAGUUAAUUUCACACUAUUUACCGAGGCCGCGAGGAUUUUCAACGAGACCGGAUUGAUGUUUACCGACAUGGUGUCCAAGUUGACAUCGCUUCAGCAGGAGCUCCUGAGCGCCUUGUUGGACUCGGGGGUCACUAAGGAUGUGCUGGUCCAGGCGCUGGAGGAUUUAUGUCCGUGUCCCGCCGAAUUCGGAAUAAAAAUGGAAAAACCCUUGUCCCCAGCUAGCAACGGCGGCAGCGACUCCAAUGAUUCAAAGCCGGUGUUUCUGACUCUGACCAGCGCGCAGGGUAAAGGCGGCAAACUGUCCGGUGAUGAAGGCUCGGAUGACGGGGAUGACUUCGACACGCCGCCGAUCUUGCGGGAGCUGCAGUCUCUCAACACUGAGGAGGCGGCGGAGCAGCGCGCGGAGGUGGAGCGCAUGUUAUCUGAGGACCCGUGGCGCGUCGCGCGCACUGUGAAAGGAUACAUGCAGCAGCACAAUAUUCCUCAGCGCGAGGUGGUGGACGUGACGGGUCUCAAUCAGUCUCACCUGUCGCAGCACCUGAAUAAAGGCACACCGAUGAAGACGGCCAAACGAGCCGCGCUUUACACCUGGUAUGUCCAGAAACAGCGCGAAAUCGACAGACAGUUCGACCGUGUUCAGGGCUCUGACCCCAGUGACUCAGGCAGUCAGGAUCAGGUCCUGUUUUUUUUCCCAGAAUUCAAUCAUACCGGACACUGUUCGGGCGCUGCGGGAGGUUCUGGAGGACCAGUCGGAGAUGAGGGGGAGCCGGGUUCUAAGAGGAUGAGACGAAACCGUUUCAAAUGGGGUCCGGCAUCUCAAGAAAUACUGUAUCAGGCUUAUGAACGGCAGAAGAACCCCAGCAAAGAAGAGAGGGAGGCGCUGGUGGAGGAAUGCAACAGGGCAGAGUGUGUGCAGAGAGGUGUGUCGCCCUCGAAAGCUCAUGGACUUGGAUCUAACCUGGUCACGGAGGUUCGUGUGUACAACUGGUUUGCUAACCGGCGUAAGGAGGAAGCCUUCAGACAGAAGCUGGCCAUGGACACAUAUCCACCCCACAGCAUGAACCCCCUGUUGUCCCAUGUGUCAUCACAUACCCAGCACCAUCAUGGUACCUCAGAUUCAAAACUCAGGUACAGUCAACAAGGAACAAGUGAGGUCACUUCCUCCACAACCAUCAGUCACCAUGGUAGCAGCCAAUCAGUAUUGCAGCAGGUGUCUCCGGGUAGUCUGGACCCCUGCCAUGGCUUGUUAUCGCCGGAUGCCAAAAUGAUCUCGGUCUCUGGUGGAGUCUUGCCUCCUGUGAGCACUUUGACCAACAUUCAUAGUCUGUCUCAGUCGUCUCAUCAUCAUCAUCAUCAUCAGCAAGCACAGAGCCUCAUUAUGAGCCUGGCCGCUCAAAGUCUGGCAUCUCCUCAGUCUCAGAGCGUGCCAGUCAUCAACAGCGUGUCUGGACUCACCACCCUGCAGCCCAUGCAGUUCCCACAGAACACCAGCCUGACGCAGCUGACCACAGCUCACCUCUCCCAGCAGCCCUUCACACAGUCGCACAUGUACUCUCCCAAACAAGAAGCUGCCCAGUUUUCCCAUCCAUCUCGAUAUACGACCAUGGACACCAGCACCAUCACACACCUGGGCUCCAGCAAGCAGGUCAAACUUCAGUUUCUGUGUCCAUUGCAGGCCUGGUGAACAAACGCACCGAAGCGAGAACUUCCUUGGCAGCUUAGCAACAGCAGUCCGUGACCUCUGCGUUUCUCAGUUACGUUGGUAACCUGUCAGCAUGGAGAAACAAUAGGAGCAGCACUGCCUCUGGAUUCUGCAAAAAAAUGAAGAAUAAUGAUUGAUAUAUUACAGCUUUAAGCCAUAAUGGAUGACAGAACAAACUGGCGGAACUUGCUAAGACGAUUGAAUACUGAGCCGAAGCUUUCACACCCAUCGGUUUUAGGUGAUGAAACCUUCAAUGAUGCUGUACAUACGAUUUAAUGAGGAAAUAUGGUUUGUUAUAAAACACAAGGUCAACUUUUCAGGCAAAGCAACAACAAUGACAACAAAAAUAGUCGAUCACAGAUGAGAUUUUGUUUUCCACACGUAUGUUUGAGAUUUGAAAUGUAUCCCAUAUUCUGAAAGAAAAUCAUCACAUUAUUGUGUAAAUUCACAUUUUUCACAACAUCAAAGUGGUCUUUCCAUUUCAAUGCAUGGACUUGCACAUAAAAGAGAUCCCAAAAGAUGCUACAAAUAUAAUUGCUUCUCAGGGAUUGAUUUCACACUACUCCAUAAUAUUAUGAGAAUGUGUAUAACUGCCUAAAGGCUUUUUUAUAUAAGUUUUUGAAUCACCUCAAUCAUAUUUAUAUUUGUUUAAAUCGAUGAAUAAUACAUUUUUUGAAGAAUA